UCCAAAUCUUCAUUUCCACAUGUCUCAUUUCUUGCAUUUUCAUUCACUAAACUCUUGCACAACAUUUCUCCAAAUUAAUCACAAAAUCCUCUCUUCUAAUUAUUAUCGUUAAUUAUUCUAGUCAAAAUCAAGAAAAUUAAAGAUGAAGUUGAGCAGUCCAAGUAUGGGAGGAAGCAAGAGGAAGUUUGUUAAUCGUGGAUUAAGUGGCAUGGUUAGAGAACAAAGAGCAAGGCUUUACAUCAUUAGAAGAUGUGUUGUUAUGCUCCUUUGUUGGCAUGAAUGAACUUAAUUUCUUCUUUUUAUUUAUUUUUUUAAGGGAAUGGGAAGAUUAACCCAAAAAAAAAGGUCUUCCUUUUUUCUGUUUUUUGGGCAGAUUUUAUUUUAUUGAUUAAUUCAUAAUGUAAAUAGCUAGUAGGGUAUUAGAUUAAUUAAUUUAAGGUUAGAGUAAUUGAGAGAGUUUUGACACAAUUUUGCUCACUUUUUCAAUUUUGCCAUCAUGUACAUGGGCAUAGCUUGAAUGAAGAUCAUCAUCACUUGUUAUAUAACCAAUCUCAUGAAUAUUUGGCUAUAUUGUUCACUUUGUUCAA